AUGCCGUCACCGCCGGUCAAAGAGGUCAUCAACUACUACUCGGGCACCCGCCUCAACCGCUACUCCUUCCUGCGCGCCGACGCCGCCUUCCUGCGCCGCGCCGCCCUCGCCCCCGCCGCGCGCUACGUCGCCCUUAACAACCUCUCGGCCGUCGCCGUUGACAAGUCCCAGCUCGCCACAUUUUCCUUUGACGAUGUCCAGCCCCUGAUUGGCGCCGAGCCGGCCAUUGCCCUCGAGGAGAAGACAGCCGUGGCGCAGUUCGACUCGGCUCGGGCCUCGCCGCUGGUUGUCUUCCUCGGCUUGGUGGACGGCGACAUUGGCGGCACGGCGGCCACAGACGACAAGGAUACGGUCGAGAUUGAGUCCACAACACAUGGAACGGUCAAGGCGCAGCCGUACUUUGCAGUCGACGUCACGCCGCGAGACUCGUACAAGGAGGCGGCCGAGGCAUUCCAAAAGUCGUUUGAGGCACGAGGGUUGUCCAUUGAGACGAACCCGCGCGCCAUGACUCUCCUCCCCGAGCACGCCUCGAUAUACGCCCAGGCCCGAUCAAUGGUUGACUGGAACACCCGCAACCGCUUCUGCGCUGGCUGCGGCAGCCGCAACCUCUCCAUCCAGGCCGGCUACAAGCGCGUGUGCCCGCCCGCCGACCUCGCCGGCGGCAGCACCCCGACCCCCCGCGAAGACUGCCCAACGCGCCACGGCGUCUCCAACGUCUGCUUCCCGCGCACCGACCCGACCAUGAUCGCCGCCGUGGUCUCCGCCGACGGCAAGCGCGUGCUGCUCGGCCGCCAGGCCGCCUGGCCCACGGACUGGUACUCGACGCUCGCGGGCUUCCUCGAGCCCGGCGAGUCCAUGGAGGAGACGGUCCGCCGCGAGGUCUGGGAGGAGAGCGGCGUCCGCGUCGGCCGCGUCGUCAUCCACUCCACCCAGCCCUGGCCCUACCCCUCCAGCCUCAUGAUUGGCGCCAUCGCCCAGGCCCUCCCCGGCGGCGAGGCCAUCACCCUGCACGACCAGGAGCUCGAGAGCGCCCGCUGGUUUCCACUCGAGGAGGUCCGAGUCGCGUUGGCGAGAGGCGGGAGCGCGCUGGGGGGGCCCGCGCCGCCAGAGUACAAAGAGGGCGAUUUGCGUGUGCCCCCGCCCCAGGCGAUUGCGAACCAGCUCAUGACGGCCGUGGUCGAGGGCAAGUUUACGGGUGCCUCCAAGAUUUAG